AUGUCAAAGUCUACCGGCAUGCUUGCCACUCUAGCGCUGCUGCUUGCUCCUACCGUUGCUGGUGCUGCAUGUCCAUCUCAAUCUGCUUCUACCGUUCACGCCACCCACACUGUCACAACUCCCGAGCCAGCUUACUCCUCUAAGCCUGGUAAUUCAAGCGAGUCUGUUUCGUCUGCCGAUCUUGUCUUCCACAAUGGUUCCAUCUACACAUUGGACGCACAAUCAUCAAAAGUUGGUGCCCUCGCAGUCAAGGAUGGAAUCAUCACUUUUCUCGGCUCUAGUGAAGGCGUCACUCGUUACAUUAGCAAUGCAACCAAGGUCGUAGACCUCAAUGGACGAGCAGCCACCCCAGGAUUGGUCGACGCCCACAUGCACAUUCUUUCUGGUGGAGCCUUCCUUCUCAAGUGUGACCUGAACUACCAGCCACUUGAUCUUCAGGCGGUUCUGAAACAUAUCCAGGGCUGUAUAGAUGGCGAGACGGAUGCAGCCGCCGAAGCCUGGCUCGAGGUGGUGAACAUGGACUACCCGAGUCUCAUCACACGAAGCGGCCCAGUCACCAAGAAGGAUCUGGACACGCUGAAAACAACGAGGCCAAUGCUCAUCAGAUCGAGUGACUACCACACCGUGCUGGUCAACUCCAAAGCAUUGGACCUCUCCUCAAUAACAGCCAGUACCCCAAACCCAGGAAACGGCAUCAUUGAGCGCUUGGCAGGGAAUGAGCCCUCAGGUGUUCUUCAGGAUAAUGCUUUCGCGUUGCUAUCCGGUCCUCCACCUCCUACAGACAAGGAAAAUGUGGAGGCAGGGCGUGCUGCUCUAGAGCUGCUCCGACAAGCUGGAAUCACUACCUUUCAGGAGGCUGCGGCUAGCGAAGAGCACCAUACAAUUUUCCAGACUUUGCUGGCCAAUGACGAGUUGAGCGCACGCGCAUACUUUGACUACCGAAUUGAGGCUCCCAAUGGGACGGCCGGUGUAGCUGAUCUCGUUGCAAAGACGCUGGCUACGGUCGGUCCUUUACACGACAACUCAACUCUGCAGCGCAAGCCAUCGCUCAAGUGGCAGGCAAUUAAGCUCUUCCUUGAUGGUGUCAUCACAUACCCAGCCAGCACCGCUGCUCUCAUCGACCCGUACUGGCUCCCGGUCAAUGGAACGAACGAGACUGUCUGGGCGGCAGACAAUUCCACUUUGGUCAAGACAUACUGGAGCCCUGAAAUCCUGACCCAGACCCUGGAGGGACUCUUCCUGGGGGGUCUUGAUGCACAAAUGCACGCGGACGGUGACCUUGCAGUUCGCACUGGCCUCAAUGCAGCCCAGUCGUUCCGUGAAAAACAUCCCGAGCACGAUUUCCGCCUGGGCCUUGCUCACGACGAGCUCUCCCACCCAGAUGACUGGCCUCGGUUUGCUGAGCUCGGCGUGGAUGCUAUCAUGAGCUUCCAGUGGUCUCAGCUUAGCUCCUUCUACGUUCCAAGCACUUUCGAGUCCCUUGCGGACUAUCGCCUCAAGAACCUGCAGGCAUAUGCUCAGAUCGAGAAGGCCGGACGACCUGUAGUGUACGGAAGCGAUUGGCCAAUCGAUCCUCUCGAUGAGUUCUUGGCUCUUAAGGUGGGUGUUACGCGCAGGGGCGAUCCUGAGAACCCCAACUCUGCAGCUUCGCAGGGUGCCCCCUACGAUGGCACGUUUCCUGGAGAGGGCCUCUCUCGUGAAGCCGCCUUCCGUGCUAUUACCACCAACAGCGCAAAGUUCCUCCGUGCCAACAACCAGAUCGGCUCACUGGAAGAGGGUAAAUUCGCCGACAUCAUCGUUCUGGAGAACGACUACUUCACUGUCCCUGAGGAGGCGUUAGGUCGCCAGAAAGUCCUACUGACUGCUGUGGGUGGCGAGGUUGUGUACGUCGCUGAAGGUGCUGGUGCAGGCUUUGAGCAAGUCACUGCGAAGUUCCCGAACAGCAGUGGCAAUUCGACGUUGGCAAGAAGGGCUAUCGGCGGCCUUGAUCGCACGCAAUUGUCGCGAAGCGGAAAGAAGGCAGCUGCGAAGUUAAGGAAAAGGCAGACAUGUCUGCACAAGCACUAGAUAGUACUUGCUGUCAGCUGGACACAAUACAGAAAUGAACAAAUUUCAACGAUCAGUC